GCUUAAACAUGACAAAGUUUUAAACAAUGAGAAUCAGGUGCAAAUGGCAUUUCUAAACAAACAUGUCAACUGUUUCAAAUAAAAGGCUGUGUGCUGUCCAAAAUCAGUAUCAGUUUCUGAUAGCUCUCAUCAGUCAACAGUCUAUUUACAAAACAACCAUCAGUAUCUCCAAGUUAACAACAACAGAUAUCAUGGCAAAACAAGUAUCCUGGGAGAUGUUUGAUGGAAACACAACUGAUAAGAGGAUGCAAAUCCAGGGAAAAUAUCCAACACCACAAGUUAAUAAAAGGGCUAAAAGUCGCCGUUCAUCUAUUGGGAAACUGUUUAACGUAAUGAAACAUGCAGCAGUCAGACUUCAAAAUAAAAUGCAAGCUGAUGGUAUAAGGAAACUAAGUGAGAAUAUUGAGGAAAUAGUUCAACGUGGAAUCUCAUCAUCAAUGGAGAGUUUAGAUGCUGACAAUGAUGACAUCACAAACAAUGGCAAAUGUGCACACCCUGCGAAAAAGAACAAGGUCAGCAAUGGAACACUGAAUGAUCUCCUCGACUUCGCAGAUGAGUUUAUUGUUCCAGGUGAAAAUGGAUACAUCGCACCUAUCGGGGCUUCAACCACGAACUAUGAUGACAUCAUCAGAGAGGAAUCUCACCCAAAUAAACUUCACACUGUUUCUUCACAGUAUGAUGAUGAUGAUUUGAAGCUACAUUUUGAGGACAAUACAGACAAUGAUUACUGUGAGUUUGAAACAUCAAAGGUUUUCUGUAUUCUGAACCAAUACUCUCAAGAAAACUGUUCCUGUGGAAUGAACACUCAACAAUCUGGAAAGUCUCAAAGUCUCGGUAAAACCAAGAUUAUAAAUGGAGUUAAACAUACAGCAUUUUAAACACUGGAUAAAAAGUUCCCAAUGAAUUGCCAAAUUGUAAAUACAUGUUACACUAUAAAUUGUAAAUAGUUAUUAAAUAUAAAUAAAAUUGUAUACUAUUUUAUAUAAAACAACAACUAAAUUUGUUUUGUCAAUACAUAUGUCUAUGAAGCAUUCAAGUUCUUUCAAACAUUAAUUCAAUUUUCAAAUUACGUAAAACACCAGACUCAGUCCAAAAAACGUUCUUAACUGACUUCCUACUUAUAUAUUUUACAUUGCUCUGCCAAUUGUUCUGCAACAUGAGAGCUCAACAAUUUUACUAUACUUUAUGGCUAAAUCAUUAUCACUGUGGAGUUUUUCACCAUUCUGAGUAUUUUUCAUGUGAUUUUGGACCAAAUUUACCAAAGUGAGCCCCCUCCCUGGAAUCUUAAAAAGUGAACCCCUUGGAAAAUCCUGGCUUCGGGCCUGUAUUGUAUAUGCAUUUUUACCAGAAUAUAUGAAUCGAACCUUGUAUUUAGACAUUUGGUACAGUAUGGCUUUUGGGCGUUAAUUUGGUUGGUAUGGGACCACAUUGGAAUUUGGUAGAUUGGUAUGGGAACUUACUGAUUUGAGGGUUAAGUUCAGCCUAGGAUCCCCGUCGAAUUUUGUAUACAGUUUACACCCGGGCACUAAGGAUUUGAACAACAUUCUAGGUAAUUACAAGUUCAUCUAUCAACUAGCCAAGGAUCAAGAGGUCAUGAAGCAAAUUUCAGAAAAAAAUAUU